ACUUUCCUGCAAUCUGAUUGGCCAAUUCUCUCAUCCACUCCUUAAAACUCACCUAGGCGUAACAAACAACAAAAGUACUUCAGUUAAUUCCAUUCAACUUAAGAGGCAAUCAAUCAUAUCAGACACUUUUUUUUGACAAUUCAACAUCCAGUGGAAAUACAAUACUUAUUUCCCAGUACUCUGGAAGUGGUAAUUUAAAAUCACUUAUCCACUUAAUUUGGGAAACAUACCAAUUAGCAUACCUUGUUAAGUUGCCAAAAAUUCCCUCAGGCAAAAUUCAAUUGUUUUGUUCCUAGUUGUAAUAAAAUUACUCAAAAAUUUUUCCUCAUUCUGGUCAUUUAAUUAAUCACAUAAACGAGUAUAAAUAAGAUCUAAUACUAAAUUUAUUGAAAAUUUAAUUAGAUCUCCAAAAAUCAAAUAUUUUAUCAAAUUUAGCACAAAAUAAUUAUCAAAUUUCAAACACUCUUCUCCGAAAAAAAAUGGAGCGUUAAAUAGUUUUCAUAAACGGCUAUCUUUGGACAUAUUUCUCCAAAACCAGUUCUUAAAUAACCUUCAAUAAAACCAACUUCAUUAUUUUUUUAAAUCGACGAAACAAAAAGCGAAGUUUACAAAAAAGCGGAAAAAAUGUGCGAUUUUCCUGUUUCUCAGUCUAACUUUUAUUUUAACCGGGAGCAAAUCGAAUGCAUAGCCGAAGUCAUGUUUCAAAGCGGCGACGUCGACAGACUUACUCGAUUUUUAUGGACCCUUCCAAGUACAGAACUAAUACACGGGUCCGAAGUGGUUAUGAAAAGCCGAGCAGUUGUCGCUUUUCACACUCGAAACUUCAGAGAGCUAUACACUCUAUUGGAGACUUAUAGUUUCAGUUUGAAAAACCACGACUUGCUUCAAGACGUGUGGUAUAAAGCUCAUUAUUACGAAGCCGAGAAAAUACGAGGUCGAGCACUCGGCGCUGUCGAUAAGUACCGAAUACGGCGGAAAUUUCCACUUCCUAAAACUAUUUGGGACGGCGAGGAAACAAUUUACUGUUUCAAAGAGAAGUCAAGAAACAAAUUGAAGGAAAGCUACAAGAAAAAUAAGUACCCCACACCUGAAGAGAAGAAAGCGCUGGCUAAAAACUCUGGAUUGACUUUGACUCAAGUUAGCAACUGGUUUAAGAACCGCAGACAAAGAGACAGAACGCCACACAAAAGCGGUGACGGAAAUAGUGACAGCGAAGAUGAAAUCACAAUAGACCACAAGGGCAAAUUCAUUUCCCUCAAACAUCACGCAAAUAACCCACAAACAACUACAAAUCAACAACAUCUAAACAGCAGUAUCUCAUUUUCAUCGACAAACAUAAACAACAAAUCGUCUUCACUGAAUAUUAAUGUGAGUGAAAACGGGUCAAACACAAAACGAAACCUUAGUUCAUCAAAUUCAAGUCACACUUUUGGAAAAAACAAACGAAAUAAUGAUGUAAAUACUGAAAAUAUUCCGAAGAAAAUGAGCGGAACUCACGUCAAAAACGAAACUUCAUCAUUCUUUGCGAGAGCCCAUGCAAUUUCACCAUCCCGAAACUCGGAUACAAUAUUUCUGAACACAGCCAAUACUGGAGUCAAUUAUCCGGCAGCUCUUGGGUUGUUUGCUUCAAACGGUAAUGUUACUAAUUCUGGAAAACAAUUGAGUGAAUUUGUUCCUUCCGGGACUAAUUUUGGAUCAGUGCUGGCUGGAAGCGGAAUGAGUCCCUAUCAUAACGCUGCAACUGCGGCGUAUCUCCAGUCAUUUGCCAAAAACUGAUACUUGCAAAACUGCUGAGAAAACUAUGGAGUAUAAUACUGAGAGCAAUAAACAUAUUGUAUAUUCGAUAUCGCACAAUUAUAUCACAAAUUAAGUAAAUCAUAAUAAUUUAUCUUUUAUAAUCCUUUAAAACUUAUAAUUCUUCUCUAAAAAUCAAGUCAAGCCAACUGUAAUCCAGACAGUGGCAAGGGCAGGAA